UUAUCAAUAGCGAGUUUUCCGUUUCACGAUGCACGACGUACGGAUUCAUUCAGCAACAUAUAGAAUUGGCCAGAAUUGCUUUUCAUGACAAAGAACAACCAAAACGUCAUAGUUGAAAAUUGGUACAUCAAACCAGUGUAAUUUCGUCCUGGCCUCUAGAAAAACAACAUAUUUGCAUUUUUCGUCAGCUCUGAUAUUUAAAUUUGGACGAAACUGCAUGUUGUUGCGGUUCACCGAUUUUCGACGAAGUCUUCUCCCUUGUUCAUUGUCAUCCUUGUCAUUUGACGGGCAUUGCCAAUUAUAUUUACUUUGUUCUCGAAUUAGUCUCGGUACCAGUUGCGAAAACUCAAUAGUGCAGAUGGGAGCCAUUAAUUGACAUGCACCUGCGAUCAAGCAUGAGUCCAUAAAACGAUUACCUCGAUAUUCCCAAUUUUGAGUUCUGGAUUCAUUACAUACACAAACUUCUGGUCUAUACUGACGCCAUAUACUUCUCUUCUGAAAAUAACUACGUAUAUAUGUUGGUAUUAUAUAUAUAUAUAUUGAUAUUUAUCGCAAGACAAGGUUUCGCGAAAAUGGCCAGUGAUCUGUUUGGCAACCAGGAGAUGAAAAUACUGAUGAUUGGAUUGGGAGGUGCUGGAAAGACCACUAUCCUACAAAAAAUCAAUCUUGGAGACAUUGUCCCUAGUACUCCAUCACCGGGUUUCAACGUAGAGACGGUAGAAUACAAGAAGACAACCAUCAUAGCAUGGGAUGUUGGUGGUCAAGACAAGAUUAGGCCACAAUGGAGGGAGAUGUUUCCGAACACACAGGGUAUUAUUUUUGUGGUAGACAGUCAUGCAAGAGAGCUUAGCCUGGAAGCGAGAGACGAACUGAAACGUAUUGCAGACGAAGACGGGCUCAAAGAUGCAGUUAUACUAGUAUUUGCGAACAAACAGGAUCUCCCAAAUGCUAUGGGAGUAGGUGAGGUUACAGAAGCUCUUGGUCUACAUAAUAUGCGAAACCGUAAAUGGUACAUACAAGCAUCAAGCGCUACCUCAGGAGACGGAAUCUACGAAGGCUUCACGUGGCUGACAACAGAACUGCGUGGAUAAUAAAAUAGCACAGGAUUUUCUAACAUUAAACAUUUAGGCAUAUGCGCAGGCCUGUGUGCAGGCCUAUUAAGUGCUCGUCUAACUCCAGAAAUGAAUUCUAAAAGAUAGUGAUUUUUUUUCGAUGAGCUUGAUCUUUUGGGGUGUUACAGAAAAACACUUGCACUUAAUUGGAAAAUCACCAAAGAAAUUUACGAUCGAUAGAUUAAUUUCAACUAU